AUGCUCUCAAACUCAGAAGCUGAAAGUGCUGGCGCUAGUAUGGAUAUGUCGGAUGUCAGUUCAUUCUUGGACACUGGAUCUGCCGCCAUGGACUUCUCUAAUGAAAUGCCUGCAUCAUCCGGCACUUCCGAAAAUACUCUUUGGUCCGAUUUGCUUCAAGCAAACACACACUCCUCUCGCUCCACCGACCAUCCAACCUAUUCUUCCGACGCACAAACCUACAGCCAUCUCCUUGGAGGUCUCAAAACACCACCGGUGGAUGACGACCCUGGUCGCGAUAUACUCUGGACCUCGGGCGACGAGGGUGUCCCCCCGAACAUCUCUCGGCAGUCCAAUAUAUUGAACCAAAUAGCAUCCAGCAAUCUCGAUAUUGACACCCCCAAAACUGGUAUCGACAAUAGCAAUAAAGGUCGGUCCGGAUUACUAGAAAAAUUAUCCCAAUUACAACACGAGUUGGUCCAAUCUACGAAGGCUGAUACAUCCGAUGAUGUGGUCGCACCAAGCACUGGGCGUUCAAGCGCAUACAACAAUGGAAGCGAUAAUUCAUCACAUAAACACCCCGUUAAUUCUAUCUUAAAGCCUGGCCAAGAGCUGAUAGACAUCAUUCGCGAUUUACUCGCUAAAUGCGAAGAGCAAGGUCCAGAUCAGGCAGAACACUGCUUCGACCACGCUACGCUUGUUCUUUUCGUGAUCACCCCACUAUCUCUUCUGCUUUCCACAUACGAACGGCUAUUAAAAGAGAUAUCACCUGCCCUGCAUCCAUGGUCUUCACACUACAAUUCUGAUGGAAGUAUGAUGGCUGGCUCAAAUGGUGCACCGCAUGUGUCCAAUGCACAUCACCAAAAGACACAACAGAACAGCUCUUUCCAGGACCGUCAAAUAAAAUCCCGUGACAGCCACCCAGGAUCCUAUCCCACGCUCCUCGCUGAUAACCUGAGUAUGAACCUGGGUGAAAUGAAUCUAGACCACCAAAUGCAACUUGUUGUUGUAGUGACGGUCAUCAACCGUCACUUAAUCUACCUGGAGUCUGCGCUACAUCAAUAUCAGAGUCGGCGCACUGAUGGGAGGUUCACUAAGGACAUAUCUGAGAGGCUAUUUACUACGCUAAUGUCUGAAAUGAGAGCUUCAAUCAAGCUUCUUAAAUCAGAGGCCAGAGACCUGCUUUGA